UUGAAUCUGAAGCUAUAUCAUCUUCUUCUUCAGAAAAAUUUGUCGGUGCCCUGUCCUAUCACAUCUGCCUCAAAUAACCAAUUUCAUUUUCCACAAAAAUACUCCAAAUUCUGCUUUUCUUAUUUAUUCCUUUUACCUACAUUGCCUAUUUCUAAUACUAUAAUUCUUCAUUUUGUUAAGAUCACAUUUUCUUUUAUCCCGCAUUGCUACAUGCGGGGAUCAUUAAUCAGGUAAUUUUGUGAGUGAAUAAGGAAAUGGGAGAGAAAUCAAGAAAAGGAGGUUGGUGUGGUUGGAUUAUAGUUUUAAUAGUGGUAGCAGCGGCUGCUGGAGCCAUUGUUGUACUUGUUAAAAAGAAGCAUAAUGGUUCAAGCCCAGAUGCUGCUCCUGUUCCUGGACCUCCUGGUUCUCCUACCAAGAAAUAUGCAGAUGCUUUGAAAACUGCAAUGCAGUUCUUUGAUGUACAAAAAUCUGGGAAGUUAGUAAAUAACAAAAUAUCAUGGAGAGGUGAUUCAGCUGUCAAAGAUGGAAGUCCAGCAAAGUUGGAUCUCAGUAAAGGAAUGUAUGAUGCUGGCGACCACAUGAAAUUUGGAUUCCCUAUGGCUUACACUGCCACUGUGUUGUCGUGGGCCAUCCUUGAGUACGGUGAUCAGAUGAAGGUUGUGGACCAACUGGAACCUGCUCAAGACUCACUCAAGUGGAUUACCGACUACCUUAUCAAUGCUCAUCCAAAAGAUAAUGUUCUUUAUAUUCAGGUGGGUGAUCCUGAUGCCGACCAUAAAUGUUGGGAUAGGCCCGAGGAUAUGACUGAGGAGAGGCCUCUUAUUCAGAUAAAUGCUUCCGUCCCUGGGACUGAAGUCGCAGCUGAAACUGCAGCAGCUAUGGCCGCAGCAUCCCUGGUGUUCAAGUCCAGUGACUCGGCAUACUCAAGUGAUCUUCUUAAGCAUUCUAAACAGUUAUUUACUUUUGCCGACAAAUAUAGAGGUUCCUACAGUGAGAAUAUUCCUGAAGUCGCGACAUAUUACAACUCAACUGGAUAUGGGGAUGAGCUCUUGUGGGCAGCAAGUUGGCUAUAUCAUGCAACUGGAGAUCAAUCAUAUUAUGAUUAUGCGACUGGGAAAAAUGCAGAUUCUUUUGGUAAUUUUGGAAAUCCAACUUGGUUUAGCUGGGAUAAUAAACUAGCUGGUACCCAGGUUCUUUUAUCGCGGGUCAGCUUCUUUGAUUCGAAAGGCACCUCAAACUCGGAGACACUUCAAGAGUAUAGGAAAACUGCAGAAGCCGUAAUGUGUGGUCUCCUACCGAAAUCUCCAACAGCAACAUCCAGCAGAACUGAUAGUGGUUUAAUAUGGAUAAGUGAAUGGAACGCAUUGCAGCAUCCUGUAGCUUCUGCUUUCUUAGCUGUGCUGUACAGUGAUUACAUGCUCACUUCUCGGACUGCAAAAAUAACUUGUAAUGGAGACGCAUAUACACCAUCUGAUCUGCGGAAGUUCGCCAUCUCCCAGGCUGAUUAUGUAUUGGGUGACAAUCCAUCGAAGAUGAGUUAUCUCGUAGGGUAUGGUGACAACUAUCCACAAUAUGUUCACCAUAGAGGGGCUUCCAUUCCUAAAGACGCUGAUACUGGUUGCAAAGAUGGUUGGAAGUGGCUAGAUUCAACUGAACCUAAUCCCAAUGUUGCGACUGGAGCUCUUGUUGGUGGACCAUUUCUUAAUGAAACAUAUAUCGAUUCAAGGAACAAUUCGAUGCAAGCAGAGCCAACCACAUAUAAUAGCGCUGUCAUUGUUGGCCUUCUUUCUGGUUUGGUUACCACUUCCUCUGUGGUUCAAUCUUUCACCUGAGGUGAUAGCCUUCACGCGUGAGCCACCUCGUAUUGUCUUCUACAGUAUGUAGCUGCAUACAUAAUUUUUUUAUUUCUUGUAGCUCCUUGAACACAUAUAUAUAGGUGCAUUAUAUAUCUGUGUGUGUUAAUGUUUGUGUGUACACAUUACCUGCUCUAUGUUACUAGUAUUCGAUUUACGCGCUCAACUGGCAUAUGGGUUUUUGCUGUAUUAGUUUGCUCAAAAACAUUAUGCAAACUCUCUUGUUUUUCAUCGCGUUAAAAUUGCUAGAUAUGAGAAAGUUCCUAUGAUGGAUUUAGAGGAACUAGUUCUGAGCAUUUUUUUGUAUUUGCAAAUACUAGUUUGGCCAUCAGUACAGCUUUUUAGUAGGUAGUCGAGUGUGUAUCUUCCCCAUACCAGUAGUAUUAGUAGUUAGCUUUGUAUUCUAUUACUGAUAAAUCUCUAUUACUACAUGUUGAUCAUUCCA